CCCAUGAAAUGGCGGUCAUUCGAGGGACUUGGCUUUUUGGAACACGAUGCUUCGCCAAAGAAAGAUGGUGCAAGCGAGAGAGUGAGAGAGAGAGAGAGAGAGAGAGAGAGAGAGAGAGAGAGAGAGAGAGAGAGAGAGAGAGAGAGAGAGAGAGAGAGAGAGAUAGAGAUAGAGAGAGAGAGAGAGAGAGAGAGAGAGAGAGAGGGAGAGAGAGAGAGAGAGUGAGAGAGGGAGAGAGAGAGGGAGAGAGAGAGGAGAGAGAGAGGGAGAGAGAGAGCGAGAGAGAGAGAGAGAGAGAAGGAGGGAGAGAGAGAGAGAGAGAGCAAGAGAGAGAGAGAGAGAGAGAGAGAGAGAGAGCAAGAGAGAGAGUGAGAGAGAGGGAGAGGGAGAGAGAGAGAGUGAGAGAGAGAGAGAGAAAGAAAGAGAGAGAGAAAAAGAGUGAGAGAGCCCGAACGCAAGAAAGCAACAUCGAAAGUGCGUGCGCGGUGGCGCAGCAUGCGACCGGCUGCCGGGCCAGAUACACAUUGCCCUACAAAGGUGCCAGAAUCAACGCUCACAUGCGUCAGCCUCUCAACGUUGUGGAACAGCGCGACAAACGUCGUCUCAUCCUCCAUCUGCGCAAGGUCAACCCGAAGCUGCAAAUUCCCAAAUUCAAGUACGAGGGACUCAAUCGCGUCGCAGAGUUGGCGCGUGCAGGCGAUUGGAUGUUUUCAAUCGACCUGAAGUCUGGCUAUCACCACGUCGACAUUCACCCGUCGUGUUGGAAAUUCCUGGGUUUCCAAUUUGGCGGGCACUCAUACUGUUUCCGCUCCCUUCCGUUCGGACUGGCUACCGCACCGUUCAUCUUCACGCAGUUGAUCAAGCAGCUCGCGCGCCGCUGGAGAACAAUGGGAGUGCGUGUCAUACCGUAUGUGGGCGACAUCCUCUUCCUUUGUCAUUCGGAAGCCGACGCCCGGGAAACUUGCACCCACAUUAUUGGUGAUCUUUGCAAGGCAGGCCUCGUGAUCAACGCCAAGAAAUCCACCUUCAACCAACCCAGUGCUUACGUCAACCCAGUGGAAUGAGAACGAUGCCAUUUGCACUACAAGU